CACCACCGGAAGCGGAAAUGUGGUCAGUGUACCGUUGUUGGCGGGAGUUUUAGCAGAGGUAACAAGAAGAAAGUCGGGAGGUUGUGGAUCAGUGUCUGUGAGGGUGAAAGAUGCAAGCAUUUUUAAAAGGACCUGGAGUGAUCAGCUCUAAACCAGUGAAAGAAAAAGCUGCAGCAGGAACCAGUGGAGAGAACAAAAAGCAAAAACCAGUUCCAUGGGUGGAGAAAUACCGUCCAAAAUGUGUCUCUGAAGUGGCAUUUCAGGAGGAAGUUGUGGCUGUGCUAAAGAAGUCACUUGAAGGAGCUGAUCUUCCUAAUUUGCUUUUUUAUGGACCUCCUGGCACAGGAAAAACUUCUACAAUACUCGCUGCAGCGAGGGAACUUUUUGGACCGGAGUUGUACCGGAAGAGAAUUCUUGAACUAAAUGCCUCUGAUGAACGUGGUAUCCAGGUUAUUCGAGAAAAGGUGAAAAACUUUGCACAAUUGACUGUAGCUGGCUCUCGCCCAGAUGGAAAACCUGCUCCACCAUUUAAAAUCGUCAUCUUAGAUGAAGCAGAUUCCAUGACGAAUGCUGCACAAGCUGCUCUUCGCCGAACAAUGGAAAGAGAAUCAAAAACCACACGUUUCUGCCUAAUUUGCAACUAUAUCAGCAGGAUAAUUGAACCACUAACAUCUCGAUGUUCAAAGUUCCGUUUUAAACCUUUGACAGACGACAUACAGCAGAAAAGGUUGCUGGACAUCUGUGUGAAGGAGAAUAUGCAAUGCAGCGAUCAAGUAGGUCUCUGGUGUUGUGUGACAUGUUUAGAGUUCAAAUUUUAAUCAGACUACCUGAUGCAAUUUUGACAUGGUUUAAGGAA